CACACAAACUGACACCACCCACCGUCCCCGGCUUAAGUUUCAGUUUCUCAGAAAUGGGCGUGAUUAACAGAUGACGCUUCGGUACAGAUGACGUACAGAGGCUUCAAGAGCCUCGGUGCGCACUAGGCUGUCCACAAAGACACAGAGAGCAGACCCAGAGUCACCACUACAAGGCACACAUCCCGCCUUGAACACGACCUGUAGUACCCCCCCCCCCCCCUCCGCCCCGCUAUAACGAAGGAUUACCUAGAGCUGAGUGUGGACAUGUGUUGACGACCACUGCGAACACAACAGCUACCGACAGGAGAUCGCUGAGUACAGUGUAUUCUCCGUUCUCAAGUGGGAUCCGAGUGAUUUUUUAACGGAUGUCAUUGUGGUGGUCAGCGAUGGGAGAGGGUUCUGAACGCCUCUCCACCGUAGGAUGGUAGCUUACAGCACAGUGGAAGGCCAUGGCAGCACCUGCACAUCCUCCUCCUCCGCAUCCUCCUCUUCCUCCUCCUCCUCUUCCUCCUCCCGCGCUCUACCCCGUCCCGCGGGCCGCCCCCACCACCGCCCCCAAGCGGAGCCCGUCCGGCCCUGCAGGGGCGAUGGGGCUCCCCAGAACCCGGGACCCCCGCCCGGGGCGGCCAAGCCACUCUCGGCCCUCGCCACCCACUUCCCGCCCUUCUCGUCCCAGAGGGACUUCUGCAUCAUCACGGACACGGCCUCCCAGCUGGAGCGCAGCGGCUUCUACUGGGGGCCCCUGGGCGUGGAGGAGGCGCACGGCAUGCUCCGGGACGCCCCGCUCGGUGCCUACCUGGUGCGGGACAGCCGGCAGAAGGACGUGUUCUUCACGCUGUCGUACCGCGCCGCGGCGGGCGCGGUCAGCGUGCGCAUCGUGUACCGCCGCCAGCGCUUCGGCCUGGCGGGCAGCGAGCGCAGCUUCGCGGGGCUCUUCGAGCUGCUGCAGCACUACGCGGCCUCGCCCAAGCGGAGCCUGGGCGCCCCCUACAGGAAGCGCAUGGCCACGCUGCAGGAGCUGUGCCGGAGGCGCGUCGCCGAGGCGUGCGGCGGCCGCAGCGGGGUCCUGCAGCUGCCUGUGUCCGGGAUCCUCAGGGACUUCCUGCAGGAGUUCCCUUACAGCCUGUGAGGGGCGAGAUGGAGGAGGGGGAGGAGGUGGAAGAGGAGAGGGAGGAGGUGGAGGAGAGGGAGGAGGAGGAGGAGGAGGGGGAAGAGGAGAGGGAGGAGGUGGAGGAGAGGGAGGAGGAGGAGGUAGCAAGGUGGACUGCUCCGGAUCCCAACAGGACCCAGACUCAGUGUCUCUGGGGAGCCGGAGACUUUGGCCGGGCUGUCAGAUGGCUCAGGGGACCGGUGUGAGGAUGCGCGGGUUCGCCGUGCCGUGGACUUGCGUGCCUUCCCGGGGGAGACCCGGGAGCUGACGGGACGCGCCGGCAGCACGCUUGGAUGACGCUGCGUUCGGAGACCACUACAGCCCCCCCCCCCCCCCCCCCACCAUGGGGUCCAGUGUCGGGGCCCUUCGGGGCCAUCGUGACCCUGGAGGCGGCCCUUUUGGACUUUGAUGGCCCUCAGAGGGGCCACAUGGAGUUGGGCCUGCAUGAGCCUAAGUGACGGGGAAGUGACAAAUGUUUUUUUUGUUUCUAUGUUUGCGACUUACUUGAACACUCAACAGAAUUUUUUACCUACAGUAUUAGCACCUCAAACAGCCCUGGCAGCUUCCACCACCACUUUCAAGCGGUUUCAAAGAAACAGAAUUAGUUGGAAACUAUUACGAAUAAAUCAGCUUGUUGAUUGUACUAUGUUAGUUUGGUGCAACGAAGGAGGGUUUAGCAAGUGUUUUUUUACGCACAUAGCACCACAAAGUGGGACGUGUUUUGAUUUGUAAUUACUCUGAAACUAAAACAUGAUAUUUAUGGGUUUUUUCAUACCAAAUAUUAACACUGUUAUUUCAUGGUUCAGUUAAAGUUGUCAGUAAUGCUGUGUGUAGCUUUGUUCCGUCCGUUGUUUUAUUUAUUCAUGUGAAUUUCUAACUAACCAAGUUUGGAAGAGAUACCAUUAUUUAGAUAUUUUUGUAUCAAUAAUAUAUUUCAAAUGAAAAUAAAAAAUAAAUAUUUUCAAAAGAACCAUCUUGAUUGUGUUUUAACGUUUUUUGUCGCUCAGUUUAUGUAUAACUUUUUUACACAGCUCUUUUCAAUCCCAUUGAAUGCUCCGUUCACUUGUAUGGGCCCUUCCUAACUUCCGGCAGUGAAUUAUAUUUGAUAAUUCACAGAUUCUAAUUAUAAUUGACCGCUUUACUAUAUUUACAUAGCAUUACUAUGAUUUAUUAAACAAAAAUAACCACAAACAUGCCUUCUGGUAGCGCAAACAUCCACACCUAUAAAUGUUUUGUUGAAUUAAGAUAAGAUAGACUUCAUAUCCCGAAGGAAAUUUAUCUUGGAUACUCUCAUCUAUAUGCAUACGGUUUAUAAUGCAUACAACAAUGAGCAU